AUGGAGCAACACAACCACUCACGGCUGGUUGAAUUUGUGCUCCUUGGCUUCCCCAACGUGGGACAGAUCCGGGUAUGGCUCUUUGUCGUGCUGCUGUUGGCUUACCUGUUCACUAUCUGUGGCAACCUGCUCAUCUUCUUAGUCAUACGACUGGAUGCAGCUCUACACACACCCAUGUACCACUUUAUAAGUGUGCUCUCCUUUUUGGAGGUGUGGUACACAGCCACCACCAUCCCCAAAAUGCUGGCCAAUCUUGUCAGUGAGAAGAAAACCAUCUCUUUUGCCGGAUGCCUCCUCCAGACAUACUUCUUCCACUCGCUAGGGGCCUCUGAGUGCUAUCUUCUUACAGCCAUGGCCUAUGACAGAUACCUAGCCAUUUGCCGACCCCUCCACUACCCUGCAAUCAUGACCCCAACACUCUGUGCCAAGAUGGCCGCUUGUUGCUGGACGUGUGGUUUCUUGUGUCCGAUUUCUGAAGUCAUUCUCGUCUCCCAACUCCCCUUCUGUGGCUACAAUAAAAUUCAACAUAUAUUCUGUGACUUUCCACCUCUGUUGAGUCUAGCCUGCAAAGAUACAUCUGUUAAUGUUGUGGUGGAUUUUUCCAUCAAUUCCUUCAUAAUCCUUAUCACUUUCCUCUUUAUUAUGACUUCUUAUGGGAGGAUUGUUGAAGCUGUGCUGAAGAUAAAAACAGCAGCAGGAAGAAAAAAGGCCUUCUCCACGUGUGCCUCACAUCUCAUUGUGGUGCUCAUCUUCUUUGGGUGCAUCAUCUUCAUGUAUGUGAGACUAAAGAAAAGCUAUUCCCUGACUCUUGACCGCACACUGGCUGUAGUCUACUCUGUACUAACACCACUGGUCAACCCAAUUAUCUACAGUCUUCGUAACAAGGAACUCAUUAGGGCCAUCAAGAGGACUGUCUUCCACAAGGGGGGCAAAACGAGUCCUACUCACCAUUAA